AUGGAACCGCGGCAUGAUGAAUUCUCUGAUUACAUCAAUAGUUUCUCUUUGGAUGAUGAGAGUAUCUUGCCUAUCUUUGGUCAGUCGCCAGGCCUUGCUAAUGGAUACCGAUUCAGAGAAGAACCUUUAGAUCUCAGCUUUUUAGAAGCUCCUAACAGGGAACCAAAUUCUGGCCCCUAUACUUCAGAUUCCUCUUCACGCAUGUCCACACAAGUAGACUCCCCCGAUGACUUUUCAGAUUGUGUUGUUAGGUACAUAAACCAGAUUCUCGUGGAAGAGGAUAUGGAAGCUAAACAGAGCAUGUUUCAUGACCCCUUAGCUCUACAAGCAACAGAGGAAUCCUUCUAUGAAGCCCUUGUUGAGAAAUACCCUCCUUCAAACGUUGAAAUCCCCGAAGAGAACUUAUUCAGUAGCGCAAGUGACUACAGCACAAACAGUAGCAACUCCAAUGAUUCUCAAUGGCCUGGUGGUGAUUCUCUUGAAGCCAAAUCAUCAUCACUUCCUCAAACACAUUCUCUUGAAUACCCUUUGUUGUCUUCAUUUGGCUCUACCACUAGCGUUACCAAUGAUGGUUUCAGCACAUUGAAUUCAAUGGUAAACACACACAUCAUUGAAAACAUAUUCACUGAUAACGAAUCUAUCUUACAGUUCAAUAGAGGGAUGGAGGAAGCUAGCAAAUUCCUCCCUCCUAGUAAACCCCUAGUCAUCGAUUUAGACAAAUACAACUUACCUUCAAAUCCAAGACAAUCUCCUACAAAAGUGGUUGUCAAGGAAGAGAAUGUGGAGACAAAAGGUAACUCAUUCAGUGGAUUCAGGGGAAGGAAAAAGUAUCAUCGUGAGGAUACCAGUUAUGAGGAAGAAAGGAGUAGCAAACAGUCUGCUGUUUUUGAGGAAGAAGUCGAGCUGUGUGAUAUGUUUGAUAGAAUCGUUUCUGGUACAUAUAAUGAAUGCUCUUCCACAUCCGCCCCUGAAGAACCACCUAAGCCUGUAGUAAACAAAAAAUCACAGCAAAAUGGACAUGCUCAUAGAUACACCAGUGGUUGGAUUGAUCGUUCUUGGGGAGGAAGCUCAGGUGAACCCACAGAUGUUAGAACUCUAUUAGUAAACUGUGCACAAUCAGUUGCUACAGAUGAUUACAUAACUGCAAACGAACAACUAAACCAAAUAAGAAAACACGCUUCCCCUUCUGGUGAUGCCCCACAAAGGUUAGCUCAUAUCUUUGCUAAUGGUCUUGAAGCACGCUUAGCUGGCAUCGGUUCUCAUCUUUACAUGUCUAAAAGCACCAUAAAGAUCUCAGCUUCUGAAAAGCUGAAAGCUUAUCAGUCUUAUAUCUCAUCUUGUCCUUUCAAGAAGAUUGCCAUUUUCUUUGCUGGAAAAAUGAUAUACGAUGCAGCUUCAUCACAUUCCACUCUUCAUAUUGUAGAUUUUGGUAUUGCAUAUGGUUGUCAGUGGCCUAUUCUCAUCAAGCAUCUUUCAGAGAGGCCCGGGGGCCCACCUAAGCUGAGAUUCACCGGAAUAGACCUCCCUGACCCUGGUUUUAGACCCUCUGAAAGGGUGGAGGAGACAGGGCGUCGUUUAGCUAACUAUUGUGCAAGAUUCAAAGUUCCAUUUGAGUAUAACGCAAUAGCUAUUCAAAACUGGGAGUUGAUCAAGAUUGAAGAUCUGAAGCUACAAAGAAACGAGUGUCUUGCAGUGAACAAUCUGAUUUCUUUCAAGAACUUACAUGAUGAUUCGGUUAUGGAGAGCAAUCCACGAGAUGGUGUUCUUAAGUUGAUUAGGGACAUGAAGCCUGAUGUGUUUGUUCAGACUGUAGUGAAUGGAUCUUACAGUUCUCCGUUUUUUGUGACCCGUUUCAAGGAGGCUCUUUUUCAUUUCUCUUCAAUGUUCGAUAUGUUUGAUGCUACUUUAGAUCGUGAAGAUGAGGAGAGGUUGAAUUUUGAGAGGGAGUUUUGUGGGCGUGAAGCUCUGAAUGUGAUUGCAUGUGAAGGUGGUGAGAGGGUGGAAAGGCCUGAGACUUAUAAGCAGUGGCAAGCUAGGAAUUUGAGAGCUGGGUUCAAGAUCAAACCUUUGGAGAGGGCUUUUGUUUCUAAACUGAGGGGGAAGGUGAAAGCAGGGUAUCAUAAGGAUUUUGUGUUUGAUGAUGAUGGGAAAUGGGUGUUACAGGGAUGGAAAGGUAGGAUUCUGCGUGCUACUUCUUGCUGGGUCCCAGCUUAG